CUUGCAUCGAUCGCCCUCCGUGGUUCCCGGAAUUGUCUCCGCUAGGACGGCAUUCCUUACAUCUCUAGUCUCUCCCGGAGUCCAUCUCUCUCUCUUCCCCGCCUCGGAUCUUCUCAACUGUCGCGUGCGUACUUGCCCAUCACAGUCAUGCGUUUCGGGAAGACUCUACGCAACUCUAUCUAUGCCCCCUGGGCGGGCAAAUACAUCGACUACAAUAAGCUAAAGGUCUUGCUCCGAGAGCAUGAUGUCACUGGUGAUGGCAGUGACUCCGAAAGCAACCCAUGGACCGAGCAGGAUGAAGAAGCCUUCGUCCAAGAGCUCAUCAACGUCCAGCUCGAUAAGGUCAAUGCUUUCCAGAUGGAGACCCUCCAGCAGUUGCGAGAGCGUACCACUACCUGCGAAGCCCGCUUGCGCCCGUUGACGACCUCACCCGAGGAUGAUGCACCUACCGUGGUGGAUGGAGAGGAGAAGAAGCGUGUUGCUUCCGAUGUCCUGCAGGAACUGGACAAUAUCACAAAGGAGGUGACAGAGCUCGAGAAGUACAGCCGUAUCAACUUUACCGGCUUCCUCAAAGCUGCAAAGAAGCAUGAUCGCAAGCGUGGUACUCGCUACCGUGUCAAGCCUCUGCUGCAAGUGCGUCUUUCGCAACUUCCCUUCAACUCGGAGGAUUACUCCCCUUUGGUCCGUCGGUUGUCCGUGAUGUAUUCCUUCGCCCGCGAGAUCCUCAGCCAAGGUAUAAUCGAAGCCAAGGACCCCGUCGAGCCUCGUGUCGGUCAGGAUGUCUACUCCUCGUUCAAGUUUUGGGUUCAUGCAGACAACAUCCUGGAGGUGAAGACCUACAUCCUCCGACAACUGCCUGUCCUCAUCUACAACCCUGGCACUUCCAAGGAUCUCAACACCAUCCCCGAUGACCCCACGAUUACCUCCCUCUACUUCGACAACCCGCAAUUCGACCUUUACACUCAGAAGGUGGCUCGUGCCCCUGAAGCGGGCUCGCUGCGGCUGCGCUGGACCGGCAACUUACGGGAUAAGCCCGCCAUCUUCCUGGAGAAGAAGGUGGUCACCGAUGAUGACCGCAGCCGAGAGGUCAAGGUGCAGCUCAAGCAGAAGCAUGUCAAGGAGUUCCUGGACGGAGAGUACCGUUGCGAUAAGAAGGUGCAUCGCAUGGAGAACAUGGGCAACGGAGACUCCGAACAAGCGGAAGCUUUCAAGAAGGAUGUCGAUGAGCUCCAAUCCUUCAUCAAGGAGCACAACCUGCAGCCCAUGCUCCGCGCCAACUACACCCGCACUGCCUUUCAGAUCCCUGGAGAUGACCGAAUCCGUAUUUCUCUUGAUACGAACCUGGCACUCAUCCGGGAAGAUGCGCUGGACGAGCUGCGCCCGUGCCGUGACGCACAUGAAUGGCACCGGAGGGACAUUGACGAUGCUGGCAUGGAAUAUCCCUUCCAGUCCAUUAGAACCGGCGAAAUCGCUCGUUUCCCCCAUGGCCUGCUGGAGAUCAAAAUCAGAGGGGAUGUGGCACGUAGCGCGGAAUGGGUCAAGGACUUGAUGGUGUCCCAUCUCGUGAAGGAAGCCCCGCGGUUCUCCAAAUUCGUACAUGGCGUGGCCCAGUUGUUCGAAGACUAUGUCAACAGCUUCCCCUUCUGGCUCGGUGAGUUGGAAAGUGAUAUCAGGCGGGACCCUGAGACGGCUUUCCACGAAGAACAGGAGCGUCUGGCGAAGCGUGCCGAAGACGAUAUGGCUGUCGGGAGCUUCUUGGGAGGCAAGACACCGUCAACUCGACACAUUGUCGGGUCCCCCGUCCAGAUGUUCACCGAGACAGGGCCUUCACGUCGCCGCCAAUCCUCCCAAAUUGUACAGCCGAUCCCUCGUCCGUCUGCCCCGACAAUGUCACAACCGACCCCUGAGCGUCAGGAGCCUGCCGAACAGUCCGCCGCAGAGGCGGAACAGCCAGUCACCAUGAAGCGCCUGGCUUCUCUCUUCCCCUCCUUCACCAUUUCCCGUCAAAACCGCGCACCUGCAGACAAUGUAGUCUUGCCCCCCGGUGUCCGUGAGCCGGGCACAUGGAUCAAGGACUCGGGCCCAGUCCGUGUCGAGACCAAGGUCUGGCUCGCCAACCAGCGUACCUUUAUCAAGUGGCUCCACAUUAGCAUCCUGCUUUCUUCGCUAUCUUUGGGCUUGUACAACGCAGCUGGCAAGCACAAUGACAUUGCUCGCGCCCUAUCCAUUGUCUACACCUGCUUCGCCAUCUUCGCUGCCGCCUGGGGAUGGUACAUGCACGAGAAGCGCGCCCGCCUGAUCCGCCAACGGAGCGGAAAGGACCUGGAUAACAUGUUUGGUCCGAUCGUGGUCUGCGUGGGUCUGGCCGUUGCCUUGGUAUUAAACUUUGCGUUUAAGUACAACUCUACCAUGGAGAAGCUCCGAAACCGUGAACCUGCGGUCAUGGAGCCCCUUCCCGGGCUCAACUCGACUGCGUUCCUGAACAAGGCCAACAUGUGGCAACUCGUUAACCAAGGUGGUCAGACUCUGUGAGAUGGUCCCCUUUCUUUCAAUACUUAAGGCGAUAUGUGGCCCCAGAAUGUACUCAGUCACAGCCACAACCACAACUUCUGUAAAGUCCAAAUAUAUUUUAUGAGACGGUCGACACACCCACCCCCCUUUACUUG